GGACGGUUCGAUGUUCCCAAAAGGAAGUCAGUUUUUUUAUUUUCAGGGUUUCAGAUCUUUUUAAGGGUUGUAAAAAGUGAUUGUUUCGAGAUAGAGACGGACCUCGUUUCACGGGAAGAGUGAUGAUAUUUAAUUUGGGUUUAUUUUUGUUGAAAAUGAGUCUCGGAUCGAUGCAGGGGCGUAAUCGAUCCGUCUCGAUGGUCGAGUCGAGACAGUUGCAAGGAGACGUACAAAAGAAGUUAGUAAAAUAUUAAAUCCGUCGACUCAUCCUCUUAAAAAAGGUGUUUUUCGCUAAUAAAAAGGGGUUUGGGCCAGUUGUGGAAAGGUCGUCGUUAAAGGGCGGUCUUUGAACGCCCUGUGCGUGCCCGUUGGCGAAACGGGUGGUCGAAAAUCGGGAGGUAAGCCUUCCUGGGCGAGUAUCGAUCCGUCUGGAGACUCUGGAGGCGAAUCCGUCUUGAGAAAGGGGCGAGUUAUGUUUAAACGGAGUCGUCGGCCGAGCUCGCUUCUCUCCUUUGGCCUCGGGCUCGAGUGAAAAGCUCCGAGUCUCGUCUUCUUAUUCGAAAUGGCUCACUCUUCACGCAGAUACAAAGCAAGAACCCAAGAUGAUAAUUAAAUGCUAGCUCAGUGCAAAAGACUAGAUGUCAGAACAGUCUUUAAUGAAAGAAGAAGAAGAAGAAGUGAAAAUGUUGGGAGAUAAAAAAUUUACAAAAAGCAAUAUCAUUUUGGUAAAAAUGUUUUGUAAUCUUUGAAUGUAAGGCAUAGUCGGUUUCAUAGUUUAAAUUCAAUUUUAAACUUGUAUUCCGGUUGCCAUUAAUUUUACAUAUCUCUAUUGUCUAAUCCCUGGCUGAAGAACAUGCAGCUGAUUUCAAAAUAACAUUCUUCACCUCCAGAAGAAUCUGUUUAUUCUUUUUUUUAGCUUUUAUCAUCAUGGUAACCCUGAUGGAAACUGGAGGCACAGAGACUCUUACGCUGACCGUCCACAGUGACGACGAUGAUGGAUGCAUGUCCUCACAUAGCUCCGAGUAUGACAACUCGGGCGACCUUAUGGCUGCUGCUAUGGGUGAUGAGGUUACAGCACAACUAGCUGCUGCAGGUUGGCCAAAACAACAUCCCGUUAUUGGGCCUGUUGGGAUGGCCGCAGCAGCAGCUAUCGUUUCGGCGAAAAAACGAAAACGACCUCACACAUUUGAAACAAACCCAUCUAUAAGAAAACGACAACAAAACAGACUACUUCGUAAGCUUCGACAAACUAUUGAUGAGUUUGCAACUCGAGUUGGACAGCAAGCAGUUGUAUUAGUAGCUACGCCAGGGAAACCUACAAACAGUUUCAAAUGUUUUGGGGCUAAACCUUUAGAAGGAGUGGUUAAAAAUUUAAAGACAGUGAUUAUUGAUGAGUUAGAAUCUGCCUUAGCCCAACAAGCACCUCCACCCGUUCAAGAAGACCCAUCCUUAUAUGAGUUACCACCAUUAAUUAUCGAUGGCAUACCUACACCAGUUGAAAAAAUGACUCAGGCACAACUUCGAGCAUUCAUCCCGCUUAUGUUAAAAUAUUCCACAGGUCGGGGCAAACCCGGUUGGGGAAGAGAAAGCACUAGACCCCCUUGGUGGCCUAAAGAACUUCCAUGGGCAAAUGUUAGAAUGGAUGCUAGAUCAGAGCUUGAAAAGCAGAAAAUUUCAUGGACACAUGCUCUUCGCCAAAUUGUUAUCAAUUGCUAUAAAUUUCAUGGGAGAGAGGAUCUGUUACCGGCAUUUUCUGAGGAGGAAGAAGAAAAAAGCCCUCCACCGUCUGUGGGAGUAUUGAAGUUUCAUAGUAGUCAAAAGAAUUCUCAACAAAGCCCAACCCACAGCCCGCUACAAACCCAACAGGUUGCCACCCAGUAUGCUCCGGCAGUGCUUCAAACCAUUAGUAAUCCUGAUGGGACUGUUUCAAUUAUUCAAGUCGAUCCGAACAAUCCCAUUAUUACAUUACCAGAUGGAACAACGGCACAUGUUCAAGGAGUUGCUACUAUACAUACGGGGCAAGGAGAAGGAACAGUCCAUACUGUUCAGACUUUGACUGAAGUCAACGGGCAGGGAGAAAGUGUGGCAGUUGACUUGAACAAUGUAACCGAGGAUACCCUCAAUCAAGACGGACAGUUGAUAUUGACCGGUGAAGACGGCCAUGGUUACCCUGUCUCCGUGUCUGGAAUGAUUACAGUUCCCGUCUCCGCCUCGAUGUACCAAACUGUUGUUGCGAAUAUUCAGCAGAUUCACACACAAAAUGACGGCACUAUACAAGUCGUAACACCGAUGGUUCAUGUGCCUAAAGUGGAACCCGGAUCGACUAACCAAAGUGGCGAAGUGGAAGCGCUUACAGUUGGCGCUCACCAAAUAGUCGCCAUGUCGACAAACGGCUCGGAACCCCAGGUGCUUCAAGUCCUCUCUCUCAAAGAUGCCGCUGCUUUGACAAAGGCGUUAUCACAACAACCGACAGAAAUUAAAUCUGAAGAGCCUACCAUCACUGAGUUGAAAAACAGAUUAUUUAGGAGACAUUCAGAUUGAACAGAGCCAACGGGUAAGUUUGACUGAUGACUUGUACCUUGUAACGUUGUGUAAGUUUUAUGUAGUGUAAUUAGAAACCAAAGUUGUAGAUUUGAAGAUUAGAAAUUUUUUUGUUUUUUUAAAUAACAUAAUGGUAUAUAGUAUGUAGAUCUUAACUUAUUUCAUCAUGAUUAUAAUGAUCAUCCCAGAUAAUGCUGGGCAUCUAUUCUUACUCUAUCGCUUAGACGGCAGCUUUUGUCUCAUUCCAGUAGAAAAAUUUCAUCAUUAAAAAAAAAAAAAAAAAAAACUAAGCGUCCAGUAAGAAAAGGUGUGGAGAGUAUGAUCACGGACAAACUGCCGACAAGUAUUCCAUACUUGCAGGUAUUAAAACACAAUGUACAAUUUUAUUAAGUCACAGACUAAAAGUAUGCAAUUUAUUUUGUGCCAAAUAAAGGAUUUUUUUAUGAAA